AUGGCCUCCGGCCAACCUUUCGCGUCGCGUUCGUACGCGGGUACAAAGCUUCCCGAUCGUUCGGCAAACACCAACGCAAUGCCAUUCAGCGCGACCUCAUUCUCGCGGCAUCGCGGUCUCGGUGCGUCCGCCCCAGAAUUCAACGGCGAAGGCCCCAAACAAAACCAACAAGCUGCGCCUGCGCAACAAUCCCAUGCUCCCGCACAGGAUUCCAAUCCUCUCAGCCGGCUGACCGAGGAGCAAAGGGAAGAAAUCAACGAAGCGUUCACCCUCUUCGACCUUGACCGGGAUCGCCACCUUGAUUACCAUGAACUACGCGUCGCCUUCCGCGCCCUCGGCUUCACUCUCGCCAAACAAGAACUCAUCUCCCUCCUCACAACAUACGGUGUGCCCCGCCCCCAAGUCCAACAACAACAAGGCACCGCGGCGCCAAAGGGCAACAUCGCCAACCCUACACACCCCUCCAACCUUCUCAUGCCCUUGUCCUCGUUCCAGGCCGUGACGGCGUUGAAGAUUCUCGAGCGCGAUCCGCGCGACGAGAUCCUUCGUGCGUUUGAGCUUUUCGAUGAGGGCCAGAAGGGCUUUAUCGAUCUUGAGGAUUUGAGGCGUGUUGCGCGUGAGCUGGGGGAGACCGGGUUGGAGGAGGAGGAGUUGAGGGCCAUGAUUGAGGAGUUUGACCUCGAGGGAGUGGGUGGUGUUACUCGGGAGGCCUUUGUGGGCAUUUGUUGGCAGUAG